AUGCAGCUGUCGGCUUCUCGCAAUCCUCCACCUCCGCAACCCCUUCCUUCUUCUUCCUCUUCCUCCUCCUCGUCCUCUCACGCUGCUCGUCCUCCACCCCGUGUAUCGGGUGAGAUGAAAAGCCGCGCUCCUCUCCCGGUCCCCUCCGGCCCACAGGCUCUCCAGAACGGCCAUUCCCGCAACGUCUCGGGCUUCGACAUGGCUGCCCGCAGCCCUCCUAACCAGAGCAACACCAAGCAUGUGCCUUGCAAGUUUUUCCGUCAAGGAGCUUGCCAGGCCGGGCCGGCAUGUCCCUUCCUCCAUUCUACCGAUGCUGCGAUCGAUUAUGCGCCCUGCAAGUACUUCACGAAGGGAAAUUGUAAAUUUGGAGCAAAGUGUGCACUGGCGCAUAUUCUACCCGAUGGUCGCCGAGUCAAUCGUCCCAGUCCGGGAAUGGCAAUGGGAGGAAGUCAUCUGAAUCUGGGCGGGCGUGUCAACCCACAGGCCUAUGUCAACCAGGACUCCGCGCUGACGAACUCGGUUCUUUCCCAACAACGACUGAAUGGCCAUGAUCCCCGGUAUAGCUCUCAGAUGCCACCCCAGGAUGAAUAUACUCCGUUGCAUGCGCAACAGCAACAGCAGCAGCAGCAGCAGCCCCCUUAUGAUGCCAUCCCUACCAUUGAUACUGGAUUGGUUUCGGAUGCUGGCUCCAAGUACGGCUCACCGGUCGACGAUCUGCGCUUCCCCAUGUCGCCAAGCCAUCAUCAUCAUUUAACUGCACUUGAUGCCCCACUUCCUGCAUCUUUUGAUAGCCAGGGGAUCUCGCACGCCGCUCGUUAUGGCCCGGUUGCGGCCUCUGUGCCCUCCAAAUUCGGACUGGAGUUGUCUCCGCCAGCGCAGCGGAUGGGCGCUGCGCCGUCAGAUGCACUGCGGAAUCUUCGGGAUACAGCUUACGGCCCCAAUGACUUGAGAAAGCCAUCUUCCUCUUUCAUCGGUUCAUCACCGCCUGAUCUUCUCAAUGACAGUAUCGGACCACGGUUCCUACACUCCCAGCGGCCUAUAAAAUCACGAGUGUUCUCUGCUAGCGUUCCUCGGCCCACUGCGCUGGAUGACUGGGAUGAAAGCAAUUUCCCAAUGGAGGAAGAUUACUUGCCGAUGAAUCUGCAUGACGACGUUUUGACACCGCAGGAGCGACUUCGGCGGUUGUCGCGCACUGACCACGAUCUUAGUGGACUGGGCAUGAGUGGGACAAGUUUCUCAAAAGUUGGAUCGCCUCUUGCCUCUAGCCCAUCUCGUUUCGGCGCUCUGUUUGCCAAACAGCGACAGAGAAAGGAGGAAGAUGUCCACGGCACCUCGCUUACUCACAUUGGAUCUCCCCUUCGCGAAUCUUCUCUCAACCUGGGAACCAGCCCCAGCUUAGGCCCAAUCGGUAGCCGGAGUCCAUCUCGUCAGUCAUCGAUGUCAAUGAUCUCGCAACAGUUAAGCAGCGUCUCUCUGCACCCUGGCUCGGCUCGUCAUUCAUCAUCUGUGGGUGCCAGCAGCCGCCUUGACCGGACCGUCUCAUCUCCAGUUAGCACUAGCAAGAUUGAUGAGGAACAGGGCGACCUGGUCUUCUCCAUGGAAGAAGAGGAGAAUAAUAAGCGAAACAGCGCUUCUUGGAGUCCACACAAGGCUGAUUCCAAUGACGACGACGUCUCAACACCGACGAGUAACUCUGGGUUCCAGCCAUAA